GCUCAAGACCGGAUAAUGGGAAUUUGCUUCAGUAGUACCUCAUCAUCUCCCAGGGACAAGUUGAAGAUGGCUCCUCAAGAACCCGUGGCUGAUAUCGCCCUCAUCGGCCUAGCCGUCAUGGGACAGAACAUCAUCUUGAACAUGAAUGAUCAUGGAUUCGUAGUAUGUGCCUACAACCGCACUCAGGAGAAGGUCAAGGAGUUUCUGGAGACCGGGGCCAAGGGUACCAAGGUCGUGGGAGCCACCUCCGUCGAAGACAUGGUGGGUAAACUGAAGAAGCCCAGACGAGUCAUGAUGCUGGUGAAAGCUGGUGAUCCCGUGGACGCCUUCAUUAAGCAAGUGGUGCCGUUUUUGGAAAAGGGAGAUAUCAUCAUUGAUGGAGGCAAUUCCGAAUAUCUCGACACCAUUCGGCGUGUCAAGGAACUGUCUGAAAAGGGUAUUCUCUUCGUCGGAUCCGGAGUAUCUGGAGGCGAGGAAGGUGCUCGGUAUGGACCUUCCAUGAUGCCUGGAGGCAAUCCUGAAGCCUGGCCUCAUGUCAAGGAUAUUUUCCAAUCCAUUUGCGCCAAGUCCAAUGGAGAACCUUGCUGUGAUUGGGUGGGUGAGGGCGGAUCCGGACACUUUGUCAAGAUGGUGCACAAUGGAAUCGAGUACGGAGACAUGCAACUCAUCUGUGAAGCCUACAACAUUAUGAAGGACGUUCUUGGGAUGAACCACGACGAGAUGAGCGAGGUGUUGAACGAAUGGAACAAGGGCGAGUUGGACUCUUUUCUGGUCGAGAUUUCUGCCAACAUCUUGGCCUAUAAAGACAAAGACGGACAGCCACUGGUCGAGAAGAUCCGCGAUUCGGCCGGACAGAAGGGGACGGGCAAGUGGACCGCCAUAUCAGCCCUUCAGUAUGGUAUGCCGGUCACCUUGAUUGGCGAAUCCGUGUUCGCCAGAUGCCUCUCAUCCAUCAAGGAUGAGCGCACCCUCGCCAGCAAGUCCCUAGAAGGCCCGGAUGCUCCCAAAUUCGACGGUGAUAAGAAGGCCUUCAUUGAUCAAAUUCGACAGGCCCUUUAUGCUUCCAAAAUCAUCUCCUACGCCCAAGGGUUUAUGUUGUUGCGGGAAGCCGCCAAAGAAGAGGACUGGAAGCUGAACUAUGGUGGCAUUGCCCUGAUGUGGCGUGGCGGGUGCAUUAUCCGCUCCGUGUUCUUGGGUAACAUCAAGAGCGCCUACGACAAAAACCCGCAAUUGGAGAACCUGCUCCUCGACGACUUUUUCCGGGAUGCCAUCCACAAUUGCCAGAAGGGAUGGAGGAAGGUCGUGUCUACUGCCGUAGAAAUGGGAAUCCCCACCCCUUGCUUCUCGACUGCCUUGGCUUAUUAUGACGGCUACCGAUCCGAGCGUCUGCCCGCCAACUUGAUCCAAGCCCAAAGGGAUUACUUCGGGGCUCACACUUACGAGUUGCUCGCCAGCCCCGGAAAGUUCGUCCACACCAACUGGACUGGAACCGGAGGAAACAUCUCGGCUUCCACUUACGAUGCUUAGGUCUUUGUUUGGGAUUCAUUCCUCAUCAUUCAGGAUAUUCCUAUAGGACUAGAUGCUCUGAUGAGCUUCGAAUCAAAUUUUUGGUUCUUGUAUUAUAAUUUUGGACUGGAUUUUCAUAUCAAUUAUAUUUUAUAUCAAUAAAUAUGGACUAUGGUUUUACUUUCAAA